CUCGAUGCAGCGACAGCCCUGAAGCAGGAGGGGAACUCGAUGCAUGUGCAGAGCAACUACACAGCUGCGGUUGAGAAGUAUGCGGAGGCGAGAGAGGGGCUGGCGAACAUGACCAAGUCCAAGGAGGCGAGAGUCCUGAUUCGCAGCUGCCUGCUGAACGAAGCAAGCUGCUACAUCAAGAUGAAAGAGUUCGCCAAAGUGGUGGACCUGUGCGACCAGGUGCUAGAGCAUGAGACGUUAAACUUCAAGGCCUUGUAUCGGAGGGGCUUGUCGUACAAGGAGCUG